AUGUUGAAAAUUCGCUUCUACAAGUGUGGCCAGUGGGAGGCGACACCGACACCAGCACGGAGAGACGCCCGGGCAGACGCCGAACUCCAUGCCGCCUGCAGGAAGGGGAACCUGGCGGAGGUGAAGCGGAUACUGGACACAGGUCAGGCUGACAUCAACUGUAGAGAUGUGGGCGGAAGGACACCGGUGAUGUGGGCAGCAUCGAUGGGACACAGGGAUGUAGUGGAGUUCCUUGGAGGAGACAGGGAGACGGUGAAGUUUGUCUUGUCUCUGGAUUGGGUGGACAUCAACAGUAGAGGAGAGAGGAGCAGGACACCGGUGAUGUGGGCAGCACUGAAGGGACAGAGAGAUGUAGUGGAGUUGCUUGUGAGUCGAGGUGCUGAUGUGUCACUGGUGGACGAUGGCGGUAACAACAUUCUUCACGUCGCCUGUCUGGGAGGAGACGGGGAGACGGUGAAGUUUGUCCUGUCUCUCGACGGGGUGGACAUCAACGCCAGGAACAACUACAGGAAGACAGCGACCGACGUGGCGAGAGAUGAGGAACAUCAUCAACUGUCGGAUCUCCUGGUGUCACGUGGUACACAGUGA